AUUUAACAAAUUUAUCUUUAAUGUACUGAUAACAUGGCACACGAUUAUUUAAGUCAAUUAAUAGAGGUAUGAGUGUGUAAACCGUAGUACAACGAAAAUGUUACUACCAGUUAUUGUUGUGGUCAGUCUGUGUUUAUUUCAAAAUGUGAACUGCGACUUCGGCACAAACAAGCAGAGCUACGGCUUCGUGGACACUCGCGAGGGCGCGCACAUGUUCUACUGGCUAUUCUACACCACCGCUGACGUGCCCAACUACACGCAGCGCCCUCUAGUGGUGUGGCUGCAAGGCGGGCCAGGAGGGUCGUCCACCGGCAUAGGGAACUUUGAGAUAUUGGGGCCGCUGGACUUGAGUUUGCAGCCAAGGAAUUAUACUUGGGUGAAUGACUUCAACGUUCUGUUCCUUGACAACCCGGUCGGCACUGGGUUCAGCUACGUCGAUAACUUCUCCUACUUGACUACCGACAAUGAACAAAUCGCCGAUGACUUUGUUGCGUUCAUGCGUGGAUUCUACCUGAAACAUCCCGAGUUUGAGGGCGUCCCACUGUAUAUCUACGGACAAUCUUACGGAGGCAAAAUGGCUGUUGACAUGGCUAUAAAAAUGAAAGAGGCAGAAUCGGCAUCAACAAUAAACUCGAACCUCCGCGGCAUAGCCAUGGGCAACGCGUGGAUCCACCCCGUGAACCUGACCAGCACGUGGGGCCCCCUGCUACUCGCUGCUGGCCUGGUAGACCAAGCCGGCCACGACGCCAUACAGGACCAGGCGCUCAUGGCUGAGAGGCUGUUCGAGGAAGGGAGGUUUGAGGAGUCUACGGCGCAGUGGGCCAGGACGCAGUCAGAGGUGUUUGCAAGGACGGGCAAUGUGGAUUUCUAUAAUAUUCUGACGAAGAUGCCGAAUAGAAGAUCGGGGCGAGAUGCGAGGAGUGAUAUUGCCCUAACCCGCGACAUGCUGAUCACGAGCCGCCACUACGGCGCCAGCAGACAGGAGUGGGACCUGUACCAGCUCAUGAACACGCAAGUGAAGCCGGCACUAGGGGUGCCGGCGCACGUGGUGUGGGACAGCCAGUCGAAUGCCGUGUUUAAUUAUUUGAGGGGGGACUUUAUGAAGCCGGUUACUGAUGGAAUUGAAAAACUCCUCAAUGAGACGGACAUCAUAGUGAUGAAGUACAACGGCAACUUGGACCUGAUCUGCGACACUCCAGGUCAACUAAUGUGGGUAGACCGUCUCCAGUGGUCUGGCGCUGAACAGUUCUCGCGGGCGGAGCGAGAGCCAGUAUGGGAGGACGGCCGCCUGGAAGGGUACUACCAGUCGUAUGGCAACUUCCGCUUCUUCUAUAUUAACGUUGCUGGACAUAGUGUACCGCGAGACAAUCCACAAGGAUCCAAGGCCUUUCUACGCGAUAUGACUUCGUUUGGCUAAAUAAAAGCAAGAUUCUUUACCUAA